GAUGAUUCGAUAGUCUUUGUUUUUCCCCUGGCUGGCGCCCAGGGGUGAUCCAUCGAUCCGAGGCACUAUCGAUCACUGCUGGAAGGGAACGGCGCGCAAGCAGCAAAAUGUUCCGUAAUCAAUAUGACAAUGAUGUCACAGUUUGGAGCCCGCAGGGACGUAUACAUCAGAUUGAAUAUGCAAUGGAGGCAGUGAAACAGGGUUCAGCCACUGUAGGGCUCAAGUCAAAAACCCAUGCCGUUCUGGUAGCUUUAAAGAGAGCUCAGUCAGCAUUGGCUGCUCAUCAAAAAAAAGUCCUUCAUGUUGACAAUCAUAUUGGCAUCUCCAUUGCUGGUCUCACAGCUGAUGCUAGGCUGUUGUGCAACUUCAUGCGUCAGGAGUGUUUGGACUCAAGAUUUGUGUUUGACAGGCCACUGCCAGUAUCGCGUCUCGUGAGCCUGAUUGGAAGCAAAACUCAAAUUCCAACACAGCGUUAUGGAAGGAGGCCAUAUGGUGUGGGAUUGCUUAUUGCUGGUUACGAUGAUAUUGGCCCUCACAUUUUCCAGACUUGCCCGUCGGCUAACUACUUUGACUGUAAAGCCAUGUCAAUUGGUGCCCGUUCACAGUCUGCUCGAACUUACCUGGAGAGAAACAUGGAUGAGUUCCAGGAUUGUAAUUUGAACGAAUUGGUCAAACAUGGUCUGCGUGCAUUGAGGGAAACACUUCCUGCUGACCAAGAUCUUACCACAAAGAAUGUCUCAAUUGGAAUUGUGGGUAAAGACAUCGAUUUCACCAUUUAUGAUGACAACGAUGUUACACCAUUUUUGGAAGGCUUGGAAGAAAGACCCCAGAGAAAGGCGCCUCCAGCUGAUGAUGCAGCUUCAUGUGAAAAACCAGAAGAACCAAUGGAGCAUUAAUCUGUUGACCUAUCAUCUUGUGCUUUGUAGCUACAUUUGCAGCAUAGCAGAGGCAGGGCAUUUGAGACAGCUUAUGUUUCAGUAAAACAGGGAUAAAAAUACCAUAAUUGGUUAUUUUCUAUAAAGAUUUUGUAACCUAUCGACAUAAACCAACUGUAAAAUCAAUAAACCCUUCAUGUAUUCCCAAAA